AUGACCUUCCCAAAGAACGAGAAAAAACCAAACCAAAAUCCUUGGACUCUGUACUUGGUAAAGCCUAGCCUACAUAACCAGAAUUCCCUGCUAAUUUCUCUACCUUACAAGGAAAUUAGAAACCAAACCAGCAUCUUUGACUUCCUGCUGCUGGGCUUUUCUGAGCACCCAGAGCAGCAGCCUCUUCUGUUCGGGCUCUUCCUGGCCAUGUACUUGGUCACUGUGUUGGGGAACCUGCUCAUCAUCCUGGCCAUUGGCUCUGACCCUCGCCUUCACAACCCCAUGUACUUCUUCCUGGCCAACCUGUCCUUCAUCGAUACCUGCUUCACCUGCACCAUUGUCCCCAAGGUGCUGCUGAGCAUCCACACACAGGAUCACACCAUCUCCUACACCGGGUGUCUCAUGCAGAUGUACUUUUUCAUGGCAUUGACCCUGCUCGAUGACUUCCUGCUGGCCGUGAUGGCAUAUGAUCGCUAUGUGGCCAUCUGCCUUCCUCUCCACUACACCAUGGUCAUGAAUCCCCAACGGUGCCUGCUGCUGGUGGCCACGUCCUGGCUCUGCUCCCACCUCCUGGCUUUCUCACUAACUCUCCUGAUGGCUCAAUUCUCCUUCUGUGCCUCCCACUCCAUCCCACACUUUUUCUGUGAUCUUCUCCCACUCCUCAAACUUGCCUGUUCAGACACUCAUAUCUUCCAGGUCAUGAUGUUCACUGAAGCUGCCCUCUCGGGUGUGGUCCCUCUCUCCUGUGUCCUUGUCUCUUAUGCCCACAUCAUGCACACCAUCCUUAAAGUCCCCUCUGCUGGGGGCAAGCACAGAGUCUUCUCUACUUCAAGCUUUGUUAAAUUACAGGUCUCCAAACCUUGCAUCUAG